CGCAGUUCACACCAGACGACGUUGCUGGCUGCCGAAGAAAGUUUGUGUCCCUCGGUGGGCUGACCGUCCGUAUGAUGCUGCAUAUCUCGGAUGACACACGCAGCCUUGCUGAAAUUCUGCUCGGACGGAGAAGCCGCAGCUGAGCGGACAUGGCCGCCCCAGUCUCCCAGCCGAACCGAGCCGCACCGCCGCUGGUCCUGGGUCAGUUCGUCCCGGAGCUGAAUGGAGUUUCCGCUGUCGGACUCCGCGCUGUGGCCUAAACCACCGCCAGCAACACAUCCACGGGGAGAGGCUGUUGAACAUGGUGCCCCCACUUGCAUGAGAGGACACGGAAUCUGACGCUCCCGCUGGCUUUUCUGCUCUGACCGCCGACAUGUCGGACCAAAGCUACUACUGGACCGUUCUGCCCAGCUACAAAACCAGCUUUGUGACUGGAGCAAUGAUGAGAAGGUCAAAGAGUUCCCGUAACAACAAGAGGAGGAGUUUGGCGGUUGGGACUCCGUCGCCCACACUGUCACGGCCUCUUUCACCUCUCCAUCUCGCAACAGCAGGAAGCAGCCCUUCAGAAAGCCCCAGAAAUAUCCCUGCCAGCACCUCGUCCAACUUCCAGUUUGCCCGCAGCCAGCUGGCGCGCACUGAAAGCAGGGCGGAUGGGCGAAGGUGGUCCGUGGCGUCUGUUCCCUCCUCUGGGUACUGCACCAAUGCACCCAGUUCAUCGGUGUCGUCCUCAUCUUCUCACGAGCAACUGCACCAGCUGCCCUCUCAGCCCACUCAAGAUGAUCUUCACCUCCUAUUCAAACAUUUGCGGAGCUCAGAGAGCGUGGUGGAUGACGAAGGAGCCCACCCAGUGCACCAUGUCCGGGUCCGCUCACGCAGUCUCAGCCCUGGACGGACCUGUGGAACAUUUGACAAUGAAAUUGUCAUGAUGAAUCAUGUCUACAAAGAGCGCUUUCCUAAGGCAACGGCUCAGAUGGAGGGUCAGCUGGUCAACAUCAUUUCAGAGUAUUGCCCAGACACUGCGCUGCCCCUGGCUGAUGGCGUGCUGGGAUUCAUUCAGCACCAGCUGGUGGAGCUCGCCAGAGACUGUCUGGACAAGUCCCAGGAUGGCCUGGUCACCUCCAGGUACUUUGUGGAGCUGCAGGAAAAGCUGGAGAAACUGCUCCAUGAGGCUUAUGAGCGUUCAGAGAGCGAGGAGGUGACCAUCAUCACCAAGUUGGUAAAGAAGAUUCUCAUCAUCAUCUCCAGGCCUGCCCGACUGCUGGAGUGUUUGGAGUUUGACCCAGAGGAGUUUUAUCAGCGUUUGGAGGCUGCAGAGGGCCACGCCAAAGUAGGCCAGGGCAUUAAAACCGACAUUCCCAGAUACAUCAUCAGCCAACUUGGCCUCACCAGAGACCCAUUGGAAGAGAUGGUCCAUUUGGAGCAGACGAGUCCGUGCCAGAGAUCAGCCAGCAGGGAGUCUGAUGACUCUGGAGAGGUAACACCUGUACAGAGCCGAGCAGCCUCCACCCCUCCUCGUCGGAAACCACUGGAGAGUGACUUUGAGACUAUAAAGCUCAUUAGCAACGGCGCCUAUGGAGCCGUGUAUUUGGUGCGCCACAAAGAAACCCGCCAACGUUUUGCCAUGAAGAAGAUCAACCGACAGAACCUGAUUCUUAGGAACCAGAUCCAGCAGGUGUUCGUGGAACGAGACAUCCUCACAUUUGCUGAAAAUCCCUUUGUGGUCUCCAUGUUCUGCUCUUUUGAGACCAAGAGGCACCUCUGCAUGGUCAUGGAGUAUGUAGAAGGUGGGGAUUGUGCCCACCUGCUGAAGAACAUCGGCCCUCUCCCUGUGGACAUGGCCCGCAUGUAUUUUGCAGAGACGGUGCUUGCCUUAGAGUACCUUCACAACUACGGCAUUGUCCACAGAGAUCUCAAGCCUGACAACUUGUUGAUCACCUCCAUGGGUCACAUUAAGCUGACGGACUUUGGACUGUCAAAGAUUGGUCUAAUGAACAUGACAACCAACUUGUACGAGGGGCACAUUGAGAAGGAUACCAGGGAGUUCAUAGACAAACAGGUGUGUGGCACUCCAGAGUAUAUUGCUCCUGAGGUCAUCUUGAGGCAGGGUUAUGGCAAACCUGUGGACUGGUGGGCCAUGGGGAUAAUCCUGUACCAGUUCCUGGUUGGCUGUGUGCCGUUCUUUGGAGACACUCCAGAGCAGCUCUUUGGUCAGGUCGUCAACGAUGACAUCAUCUGGCCAGAAGGGGAAGAUGCUCUGCCAGCUGACGCUCAGGAUCUUAUCACCCGACUGCUAAGACAGAAUCCUCUGGAGCGUCUGGGAACAGCUGGGACCACAGAGGUGAAGAGCCACAUGUUCUUCUUGGGCCUGGACUGGAACAGCCUCCUGAGGCAGAAAGCCGAGUUCAUUCCUCAGCUGGAGUCUGAAGAGGACACCAGUUACUUUGACACGCGGUCAGAUCGCUACUGUCACCUCGGCUCAGAUGACGACGAAACAAACGACGACGAGUCGAGCCUGGAGCUCAGGCAGUUCUCCUCAGUCACUCACCGCUUCAGCAAAGUGUACAGCAGCACGGAGCACCUGUCCACUUCCACGCCAUCCAACAUGAGCCUGUCGUCAUCAGAGCGAAGCCACAGCGAGGAGAAGGAGGACAGGUGGGACGGGAGGGGAGUCCUUUCACCGGGAGACGGACUCAAGAGCUUGGCUGGUGGAGACAAGAGGCCAGAUGGACACAGAGGGAGUCUUCGUCCACGUGCUUCCUCCAGCUCGGAGCGCAGUGGCCGGCCGCUGGCCAUGAACAGCACCCAGAGCCUGGAUGUUGGGGCUCGCUUUGCCAUCUCUGCUGAGGAGGAAGACGGGAUAGUUUCCAACCUGAGGCGGAUCCGGCUGCGAAGCAACAGCACAGGCACAAGACCGUCAUUCCGCAGGGGGGCCUCCCGACGGAUCGCCCACCAGCUGGAGACCCCAGAGAAACCUAGAUCCCCCACUGGAAAUGUCCCCAAGUCUGCUUCCAUCUCUGGUUUGUCCCUCAUCAUUACUCCAGAUGACUCGGCUGGUCCUCCUUUAAGUCCCAAAUCAUCUCUGUCGCUGUCGUCCAACCCCUCGUCCCGGGACUCGUCCCCCAGCCGGGACCUGCCUGUCAACAUAAGCUGCCUGCGGCCCCCGGUGGUCAUCCACAGCUCUGGCAGGAGGUUUGGCUUUGCACUGCGGGCCAUCAGGGUGUACAUGGGAGACAGUGACGUCUAUACCGUUCAUCACAUGGUUUGGUCUGUGGAGGAAGGCAAGCCAGCACACGAGGCAGGGCUGAGGGCCGGGGACCUCAUCACUCACGUCAACGGGGAGUCCGUCCAGGGUCUGGUCCACACCGAGGUGGUGGAGCUUCUGCUCAAGAGCGGCAACAAAGUGACUCUCCAAACGACUCCCCUGGAGAACACUUCGAUCAAGGUGGGCCCUGCCAGGAAGGCCAGCUACAAGGCCAAGAUGGUCAGACGCAGCAAGAAGAGCAAGAAGAAGGAAGGCCAGGACAGCACCAGGCGACGCAUCUUUAAGAAGAUGCCCAAGCACACGGCUCCCCCUCCGUUGCAGAGCAGCCGCAGCUUCUCUUCCGGCUUCCCGCAGUCGUCCAGCGACAGCCUGUCUGGUUCCCCCACACAGAGUCUCUCCCCUGGGCCCUCCACACCAUGUCGCUCCCCCGCCCCUGACCACUCUGGAGAUUCCAGUUCGUCUCCUUGCUCCAGUUCUCCCAACUCACCGGUACCGCAGGCUCGGCCCAGCUCCCUCCAUGUUCACGGUCGCUACACCAAAGCCGGUCGCUGCAAGUCCACCAGCAGCAUCCCUCCUUCGCCUCUGGCCUGUAUCCCCCCACCACAACCCCUCUCCCCACAGUGCUCUCCAUCCUGUCUCCAGAAUCACCCCAAGUCCCUCCAAGGGUUCCACGGGAAGACGUUAUCCCCUCCCACUGUGGCUCGUCACUCUGUGCGCCCUCGCAGCGUGGAACCGCCACGCUCACCCUUACUCAAGAGGGUGCAGUCGGCAGAGAAGCUGACGGGAGACAAGACCUGCAAGGGAGGUUACCACGGAGACAGGAAGGCGUACAGUACCCGCCGACACACCGUGGAGAUGCCCCUCUCCGAAGGGGAGGGACUGGAAGACGAAGAAGGGGACACCACAACGAGGUUCGUCUGUGUAGGGGAGCACGGCCGCCAGGGGCUGAGCAUCGGCGGGCAGAGAGAGAGCCAGGAUGUGGUCGGUGGAGGCAGCGGCCACCAGCACCCGACCGGCUCACCUCAGCACCGUGGAGGCAGCCACCAUUCAAAGGAUGUGAGGAGAAAGCUGGCUCUGUCAGAGCGCAGAGAUUCCUUUAAGAAACAGGAGGCCGUGCAGGAAUUGAACUUUGACUUGGAGGAGACGGAAGAGACAGCGAGUCCAAAGCCUCCCGUCAGCCAGCCGGAACCGUGUAAGGUAUCCUGGAUCAACCCUUCCCAGGGGGAAGCCAGACGCAAGCCAGAAGGAGGCGGCGCUCAGAGUGCCACUCAGCAGAAAGCAAAGUGCAAAGGCAAAGAAGGCUUGUAAUUUCCCCCCCAAUGAUGCAUUGAUUGCCUUGCAUGAGCCUAGACAACUGUGAGCAGGUGGAGCGUAUGGGACUGACUGUUGAAGACAAGAAAUGAACCCUCAAACCGAGUGCUGCUGAACAGUUUACUUUCUGUCUUAGUUCUCAGAUCACUGUGGCGCCUGUAACCCAUGUAGUCUGUAAAUAUUUUAUUUUACCUGAGGAAACCUAUUUAUGGCCUUUUAGGCUUAUUUUCCUUUUUAAGACCCGGGACGCUUGAGCCAAGAAGCAAAACGUUGAGCAGGACAUUCAGAUAAGCAGGAUUGAGUGAGUCUUAUUUUCACUUGUACCAUGUGCACUGUAGAACUUCCCAUCAUGCUUCUGUCCUCCUGCUUGAAUGGCGUUGCUGUCAGGAUGUGGCAGUUAACAUGUAGACCUGGUGUUCCUGAAUGCCGUGUGUCUGGAUCACCAAAGCGGAUCCCUCAGGCCCAGCUGUGUUGCCAAAGCUUGGUUUAGCCAGCGCGUCCGUUUUAAACCAGGUACUGUACCAUAGAGGAGGUGCCUGUGCAAACAUGGGCUCCUCCACCUCCUGCUGCGUCACAGCUGAACCUCCUGCAGGUCUUUGACUGGGAGGAAGGUGGGAGUGUGUGGGAACGCUGGUCAACGCUUCCAGCCUGCUUCUCAUGCACUGAUGCCAUAAACAAACGUGACUCAGUUGGCUUCUUCUUGUUUUUAAUGUUUUACAAGAAAAAAAAGUUUACAUUUUAGUGCAGGUACCUCUGUGGAGUUGUCCUGUGUUUUUUUUUUUUUUUUUUUUUUUUUUCUGUGCGUCUUAAAUUGUAGAACGAAUUCAACAGGUGGAUGAAGGAACAGGGGAAGUUUUGUAUAUUUUGAUAUGGAGCGGUCUUGUUUCACUGCUAACUAUAACCUAUGGUAUGGACUUCCACCGUAUAAACGAUGGUGGACCUUAUAGCGGCUGUGUUCAGUGGUGUUUUGUGGCCUUGUGAGAGUGGAUGGAGUCGGAUAAAAUCAUUCUCCAUUUGCAGUUAAAGUCAGCACAUUUUUUGCUUUUGUCACAUCUGUUUUUCUACAGUUGCUUUCCAUUUAAAUGUUUUACAAAGGUGAUACAUGUUGGGUUUUGAGUUCUUGAGUUUAACACAUUGAUUUUUUUUUUUUUAUUGAAAUGUUUUGUAAAUGUGAACACAUUGGACUUAGUAGUUUAUUUUUCUCCAAUUUUCACUCAUAAGUCAAAGUGUUUGCAAUGACUGUCUCAUCUUCACCAAUGUAAGAAGUGUUGUUGUUUUUUUUUCUCUCUCCCUUCAGAUAAAGGGAGAUUUGCCUGUGGGAUUAAUAAAAGAAGCUGGGCUUGGGUAAAAGCUGCACUUGGUUCAGAAUUAAAUUCAAACUUUUCUUUCUCCCACUGUGUUUAAGGGUGAUACAUUUGUGUUGAUAAUAUCUUAAAUUUUCUUAGUUAAAGUCUUUUUUUUUUUUUAUAAUUAGUGAAUUAGUCACACAACCAAUGGGGAUGACAAGAGUUUCCUUGUGUCUGCAUCUGGAGCCCUUUGUUUUUUUACACAAAACUUCUCUACCUGAGUGUUUGUGAAUUAAAUGUGUUCCACCUGAAUCGACUAAUAGCAACUGGGAAAUGCAGCAGAUGGCUUUCUGCUGCAGACUGGGGGGG